AUGAAUCUGGUGGGCAUUCGACAUCAUCAAUUUGAUUAUGUUGUCUCUGAAAUUUUACCACUCAUUGGUUCUUCGAUUCGAUCAUUUGUUCUUAAUGGUAAUUGGGAGACGAUACUCUCUGCUAAAGCAUUAACCAUUCUUUUUGCACCAUCCAUAUCAUUUACAUUUUCUCAAAUUCAAAAAUUAACACUAAAAUUGUUUACUGGUAAAAGACUUCUGUCAUUUCUUGACAACGUUAUAGAUUUUUUGCAGCUUGUUGAACUUGAUAUUCGAUUUCUCAAAGAAGAUGCUGACGAUAAAUUAUUGACAAAGAUCUUUGCUUCCAAUAAUGGACGACUCAAAUCAAUAUCAUUCGAUAUUGACUCAAUUGCUUUGAAUCUCUUCGAAGAUGAUGAUAAAAAUAUUUCAUUUCCAAAUAUUCAACAACUUAAAAUUAAAUUGGAGUUUAUCCAUAUACUACCACGUCUUUUUAAACUCAUACCCAACAUAAAACGUUUACAUGUUUGUGUUGAAAAAAUAUGGUAUGAACAAGACUAUCAUCACUUAUCCAUUGAUUUAUCACCUCUUAUUUAUUUAACUGAUUUUCAUUUACGUUUGGUCAAUUUCUUAUGGAUGUUCGACGACUUUACUCAUCUAUUAAGUCAUAUGCCAUUUUUGCAAAAGCUAACACUUGAUUUAUGGACAGGUGAUGAACGUCUAAUCAACGGAGAAAAUCUAACAUCAAUACUUCCUUCAUCUCUCAAACAGUUUCAUUUUCUCAUUCGAUAUUAUAUUUCGCAAUCAACUUUUGAAAUAGAUCGUCUACUUACAUCAUGGUUAAACCUUAUGCCAAUAAACUAUUUCCUGGAUGAAGAUAAUAAUUGUGUAUUACUGUACACCAUGCCUUGUUACUUACAUUCAACUAUUUUAUCAGCAACGAUAAGUAAACAUUUAUCAUCUUCUUGGACACAUAUGCAACAAGUUGAAGAUUUACAAAUCUACGAUGUAACAUCUUUUAGUGAAAUAAUUUUAAUAGUACAGCAUUUUCAUUGGCUUCGAACACUCAUGAUUGAUGUAAAAAACAAACCAGAAAAUGGUACGUUUCAUGAGUUCUAA